AUGCUGACUCCGCGGCUACCCAGCCUUAUCUCCCGGCAUGGCCCUUCCAUGUGGCGCUGCUCCGGCCCCGGGGCUCGGCCGGUCCAUGCCCAGCGCCGCCUCAUGAGCGCGGCCGCGUCACUGGCUGGCGUACGAGAGCUGCUCAAGGUCACGGAUGAAGUUGCCGACGCUGUUGCCAGUAACAAGCCUGUCGUGGCUCUCGAGUCAACCAUUUACACCCACGGAGCGUUGGGCAAUGACCUGGCCCGUGAGCACUCGGAGCUCGUCCGCAGCCAUGGAGGUAUCCCGGCUAUUAUUGCCAUUGUUGAUGGAGUGCCCAAAGUCGGUGCCUCUCCAGAGGAGAUUGUUCAGAUGAUUGAGAGUGGAAGUGCUGUCAAGGCAUCCAGAAGAGAUAUCGCAUAUCUCACGGGAAUGGGACUCACAGGACGUAAGAUUCAUGGAGGAACUACCAUCGCCGGAACUAUGCUGCUAGCAAGGCUCGCCGGUAUCCGAGUCUUUGGCACUGGUGGCCUGGGUGGUGUCCAUCGUGGUGGACAGGACUCAAUGGAUAUUUCUGCUGAUCUCACCGAGCUGGGCCGAACCCGGGUUGCCGUCAUCAGCAGUGGCUGCAAGGGUUUCCUCGACAUCCCUCGGACUCUCGAGUUCCUCGAGACCCAGGGUGCUUAUGUGUCUACCUUUGCCGACGGUAGGUCUGGCAAUAUUGACUUUCCUGCAUUCUGGGCCCGGGAUAGCGGUGUCAAGAGCCCUUCUGUCGUCUACACCGAGAAGGAGGCCGCUGCCAUCAUCCUGGCCCAGGAGAAGCUUGGCAUCGAGUCGGGUCUGCUCUUUGCGAACCCGAUCCCCGAGGAGUUCGGCAUUCCGGCCCCUAAAAUGCAGGACUACAUCGAGCAGGCUGUCAGGGAGGCCAACGAGAAGGGCUUCACUGGAAGCGCCAACACGCCGUACAUCCUGGGCAGGCUGAAGCAGCUGACGGGGGAGAAGGCGGUCAUCGCCAACAAGGAACUAGUGACAUCCAACAUCACCCGAGCCACCAAUGUCGCUGUCGAGCUGUCGAAGCUCAUGUCUCCCGGGUCCGAGCCCGUGAAGACUUUCAGUAGCAAUGCAACACCUGCUGCUCUACCUGCUGCCCCCUCUCAGCCCCAGGAACCUGAUGUCGCUGCGGAUAGCAAGGCCGAUAUCCUUGUCGCCGGGUCCGUAGCCAUUGACCUGAGCUGUGACUACUCCGCCCCCAAGUCAGGCGAUGCCUCGCCUGUCCUCCAUACCUCGAAUCCAUCCAGCAUCAGCCAGUCCAUCGGAGGAGUCGGCCACAACGUCGCGCUUGCUGCACACUCCGUGAGCAAGCAUGCCCGAGUUAGACUCUGCAGCAUGAUCGGCGACGAUGUCGCUGGAAAGACUGUCCUAAACGGGCUCAAGGCCUCGGGUCUGGAUACGACUUACAUCCGACAGCUUGGCCACGAGUAUCACGGUUCCAACAGGACAGCCCAGUACGUUGCCGUCAACGACGCCAACAAGAACCUGGUCAUGGCCAUGGCUGACAUGGGUAUCUUCACACAUCACUCGUUUCCGGAGUACUGGAAAUCCGCUGUCCGAGGCACCAAGCCCAAGUGGUUGGUGGUCGAUGGCAACUGGAGUGAAAAGGACAUCCGGGCUUGGCUAAAGGCAGGUCAAGAUCAAGGCUGCAAGGUCGCCUUUGAGCCCGUGUCGACAGCCAAGUCGAUGAACCUCUUCUGCCGCCAGAAGGGCCACCCGAAGCUUCGAGUCUUCCCAAAGCCCACUGUUGAUAUCGCGUCGCCAAACAGCUACGAGUUGGAGGCCAUGUAUACUGCGGCUCGUGAUAAUGGCUACUUUGACUCUCCUGAGUGGUUCGACGUUAUCGAUGCGUUUGGAAUGAGGGGAGCUCGAGAUCGCUUCGUCAGAGCGACCUCGGCAGAAUUGACAGAUGCAGGAGUCCCCGUUCAGUCUGUUCAACUCCUCCCCUACAUCCCAACUAUCGUGACAAAACUGGGACCUCAGGGCGUUCUUCUGACCACUAUUCUUGGCCGCGACGACCCUCGACUAAAGGACCCUGACUCUGAAGAGUACAUUCUCGCUCGAGCGACAAGUGAUCACCCAAGCGUUGGCGGUCUAUACAUGAGGAAGUUUUCAGCCGCUGAGAGGGUCAAGAAGAUCGUGUCCGUCAAUGGAGUCGGUGACACAUUCUUUGGCGUUUUGAUCUCUGGUUUAGCGCAGGGUGGCAAGGUUGAGAAUCUGAUUGACGUGGCCCAGGCGGGCUCUGUUCUCACCCUCAAGUCUCCCGAGUCUGUGAGUCCCGACUUGCACCGGCUGGAGAAGGUUUUGGCGCAGGCGGCAGCGCUAUGA